AGGCACGGUGCGCGAGGAGUUCAGUCGAGCGACGGCAAACGGCAAGGCAGGGGAGAAAGAUCCCUUGGGAAUUUGUGCUCUUGGGAGAGCUGGAAUAGAAGAAUCUCCCAGGCCUCACUUUCUGAGAGACGCUGAAGGAAGCGCGUCUCCGCAAGAUGGAAUUGGGGCUUUGGGUCGUCCUGGCAUAUGCUGCGUUGGCAUCGGCGAGCUGGCAGAAGGACACCAUGCUGGACCACCACUGGGAGCUUUGGAAGAAAAAACACAGCAAGGAAUACCGGAACGAGAAAGAGGAAGAUAAUCGCCGGAUGACUUGGGAGAAGAACUUGAAAUUCAUCACGCUGCAUAAUCUCGAACACUCUCUGGGGCUGCAUUCCUACGACCUGGGCAUGAACCAUCUUGGUGAUAUGACCAGCGAGGAAGUGGCUACUAAGCUCACAGGGCUGAGAACUGAUCCCGGAUACUCAUGGAAACAGAACUCUACAUCUUUCGUGUCAAAAUCAGCGGUAGGAGUCCCUGAUUCCAUAGACUGGAGGGACAAAGGAUGCGUCACAGAGGUGAAGUUACAGGGUGCCUGCGGUUCCUGUUGGGCCUUCAGUGCCGUCGGGGCUCUGGAAUGCCAGUGGAAACUCAAAACCGGACAGCUGAUCUCCCUGAGUCCACAGAACCUUGUGGACUGCUCCAGUAUGUACGGGAACCACGGAUGUAACGGAGGCUUCAUGACCUACGCUUUCCAAUAUAUCAUUGAUAAUAAAGGUAUCGACUCAGAAGCAUCCUACCCGUACACAGGCCAGGUGGGACCCUGCCGCUAUGACCCGAGUGCGCGGGCGGCCACUUGCUCUAGAUACGUUCUGCUGCCAGAGUUUGAUGAAGCCGCCCUGAAGGCUGCCGUGGGCACGGUCGGCCCUGUGUCCGUCGCUGUAGACGCGACGAAAGAAACGUUCUUUCUGUACAAGUCAGGAGUAUACGAUGACCCCAGCUGCUCCCAAGAAGUGAAUCAUGGCGUUCUUGUGACAGGAUAUGGCAGUCUGGACAGCAAAGACUAUUGGCUUGUGAAGAACAGCUGGGGACCACAUUUCGGUGACCAAGGAUAUAUCCGGAUUGCACGGAAUCAUGGGAAUCGGUGCGGCAUUGCCACAUACGGCUGCUAUCCCGUUGUUUAGAGAAGCGUGUCUUUUCUGCAGGCGCCCCCCCCCCCAAGAGAAGUCUGAAGAAAGGGCCUGUUAGGCAACUAAUCUUAGGCUUCUUUUAAUCAAACUGCUGUGUUUAAGAAGAGGGAUUGGUCUCCAGGGCCAGAUCUUCCUGUCAGCUCCACCGGGUAGAUCUGAGACCGGCAACCAAAAUGAUGGUUUAUCUUGGUUUAGCUCAGUUACCUGCUAGCUCUCCCAGGGGUGUUGUGGGGCCGGAUCGGAUAAUAAUGUCUGUCGUACCGCUCUGAACGAGAGUCGUUUUCUGUCAUCGCUAAGUAUGCUCACUCUUUCGACCUCAAAGUGUCUCAUAUUAAAAGGUGUUUUCGGUGGGAAAAAAACCCAAUUGUGCCCCGUUUACGGAACUUUCAAACGGAUCCGCACAAACAGGCAUGUACGGUCUGCUAGCCGGCAAAAUGCGUACGGAACAGCAGCAGCAAUGUGGAAUUUUCAAGAAUUUGCAGGCAAUG